CGCUUUUUUAUUUAUUUUAGCUAAUUGAAAGCAAUUGCAUAAGAAAACAUGACUGAAAAAUGCAGAAUUUGUUUAAAAAACACAAUGAAAGAAGAAUGUAUUUGUAUUGGACAUAAAUUAAAUGAGGAUUGUAAGAUAUUACAAGGCAUUAUCACUUUAACCUCCAUCCAGAAGCUGACCCUUUACCGCAGUUCAUUUGCCACAAGUGCCACCUAAAAUUGGUGCAGUUGUAUUCCUUUAGAAACUUGAUAAUUUCAUCUGAUAAUGAAUUAAAGUCCUUGCUUAUGAAGCCAGUUAUUUUGAACAAAAAUCAGAAAACUGAACUCGAAGAAGCACUGGUUCAAGAUAUAAGUAUAGUAAGAGACGAAUUAAUUCGAGCCAAGACUGAGGAGCUAAAUAAUUGUGAAGCAGUAAAUCCCAAAAAAGAGCGGAUAACAUUAAUCAGAGCGCCUAAAGUAAAAACCCCAAAAGCAGAAAAACUAGUCAGGAAAUACAAGUGCCAUGACUGUGAAAAAACCUUCAAAAGAUUAGAUCACCUUAAUGUCCAUAUCGGUUACAGACAUUCAGAAAGAGCGUUUAAAUGCGAAAGAUGUAACAAAAAAUUUGCUAGGAAAUAUGAUUUGAAUGCUCACGUUCGUAUUCACACUGGAGAAAAGCCGUUUACAUGUGAAAUCUGCGGAAAAUCUUUCGCAUCGGCAAGCUAUUUUUAUGUUCAUAAAAAAAUGCACACCGGACUGAAGCAAGUUAAAUGUGAUAAAUGUGAGUGUUCUUUUACUAACUCAAAUCGCCUACAAAUUCACGUCAGGCAAAAACACACAGGAGAACGGCCAUAUCUUUGCGAACUGUGCAGCGUUGCUUUUGUUAGCAGUAGCGCUUUGUUUAGGCAUAAGAAAGACGUUCAUGAUGAAAAAGUUGAAUGUCCGAUAUGUCGGAAAUUAUUCAGCAGAAGGGUUUUAAAAGAGCACAUCAAGCGACAUCGGGAAAGAGAAGAAGGAAUAAAAAGGUUCAGUUGCGAUCAAUGUAGCAAAAAAUUCACCUGCGCCACCAGCAGGAAAAGGCAUAUGGUAAUACACAGUGGCGAAAAGCCCCACAAAUGUCAGAUAUGUGACAAAGCUUUCAAUCAGCGUUCCACGCUCCAAACGCACAUGCGGAUUCAUUCACAGAUCAUGCCUUAUCAGUGUACGGCUUGUACGGAAACUUACAGAUAUCAACAUCAGUUAAAAUCGCACAUUGAGAAGCAGCACAAAACACAGAUUAUCUCGGAGAAUAAGCUUGUUAUAUGAAAGCAAACGGACUGAUAUGCCCUAACAUAUCUGUGAAAUAGUUACUUACUUGAUGUUGAGCCUCGAAGAGAAACUUAAAAAAAAAAGAUAAAAUUUUGCCGAUCAGCUAAAGGAGUCCAAUUGUGAUCAAUUAAAAUGCGAACUGUAGCGCAGAAGCGCUGAAUCUUCGAAGAGAUCAAAAAAGUGCCUUACUAUGGAUUCAACAUUAUAAAACUUGUACAAAAUUAUAUUUUAUGAUAUUAUAAAUAUAGUGGUUUUUUAAUUUAUUCGCAUAAAAAUAGAAUUGUAAAUAUAUGCAAAA